AUCUAUUGCGUUAUUGUCUACUGGAGUAUUUUUGGUUUCUACAGGAUUAGUGAACGAACCAACAUGUCUCAGAGUCUGGACCUCUGUGUACUCGUAUGCGUCAUUCUCGCACCGGCGAUGUCCAAUAGUUAUCAAGGGUUCAGCAUCCAUGGAAACAAACCCCAGGGAGUACCUGAAGGCACCUUCUUUCCCCCAGGCAUUGAAGGAUAUCCUGAUGUAUUUCCUGGCGAGGGGAAGAAAGUAUACACCGACCCCAUCAUCUUUGGCUACCACUCACGAUACCGAAGGUCCCUUGAUGGCUACGUUAACGGAUUCACUGGAUACAAUACCUGGGGAGACAAAUAUGGAUACCAACCUCCAUUUCAUGACCACAUAUUUGACAGCUACCAGUACUGGUUACAGCAGUAGAGAGGUAAACACAAACAUACUUACGCCUGACAGUCCAAACAUUCUCUAUGUCUACAUAUUGCCGUAUUUCUUCUACUAGAUGCACAUCGCAAACAUAUUCAGCUCAGAAUAAAACAACAUAAUGUAGAGGGUAGAGG